UUGAAAUAAUAUUUAUUAGGUAGCUGCGUCAACAAAGCGGGUAAAGUAGUGGUAAUAACCCACAGAGAUAUCAUUUUAUUGCAGGGGAAUCGGACAUCCUUUUGUUGGAUUAGAUUUUUACGACAGCUGUCUAUCGGAGGAUGACAAAAACUUCUGCUGCAUGACAAAAGAGGACUCAUUUUGGGAACAGUUAUCUGAGUUGAGCGAGAGCAGCCAUUAAUACGAGUAUGAAUUCCUCUUGAUCGUGAUUCGUCCAUGGCUGACUUUUUGUCCCUCGCCACUCCUCCCUGGAGUUAAAACGGGCUGAGAAUGGGAGUCAUCCGGCUCUCCGGUUUGAUAUGACGCCUCUGAUGCGCCGCUGGCUCUGCCUGCUCUCCAUGAGCCUGCCUGUGUUGUACUGGUUCGGAUAUGUGCUCUCGAAGGACGAUGGGACCCCUGCUGAGAGGAAGAGCUUCGUGCUCAGGGGCUACAAGAGGGUCAGCCCCGGCAGGAUGGACCAGCUCCUGGACAUGCACUGCAGCGGCUGCGCCUUGGUCUCCAGCUCAGGUCACAUGCUCGGAGCCGGCGCUGGGGCAGAGAUAGACCAGACCGGAUGCGUGAUCCGGAUGAACACUGCGCCCACUCGGGGGUUUGAGAAAGACGUUGGGAGACGCACCAGCGUUCGAGUCGUGGCUCACAGCAGUGUUUUACAGCUGAUUAAAAAGGAAAAGCUCUUUUUCCAGGACCCGACGAAUACCACGUACAUCUUCUGGGGUCCUGAGAGGAACAUGAGGCAGGACGGCAAAGGCUGGAUUUUCAACGCUAUCCUGAAAAUGGCAAAGAAGUAUCCUAAUGUGACGAUGUAUGCUCUGACCAAAGAGAAGGUUCAGCGCUGUGAUGAUGUCUUUCAGAAUGAGACUGGGAAAAACAGAUUGAAGUCCGGGGCGUAUCUCAGCACCGGAUUCUUCACGAUGAUUCUGGCUAUGGAAAUGUGCGACAGCAUCUACGUUUAUGGGAUGGUCAAUGAUAAUUACUGCAGCCAAGCCAAUCAACGUUCUGUUCCUUACCACUACUAUGAGAAGAGCCGGAGCAAUGAGUGCAAGAUGUAUAAGUUCCACGAGCAUUUCCGGCACGGGGGUCAUCGAUUCAUCACAGAGAAGGCCAUCUAUGCCAGAUGGGCGACUCGGCACAAGAUUGAGUUUAAAUACCCGUCGUGGAGCCCCUGAAGAGAGAGAUAUUUAAACCCAGACUGUUUCCUUUUUAAACUCUUGUUUUUCUGGUUUUUAUUCCCCUCUUUAAAGGCUGUGGUUUUUGCCUUAACUCAAUACGUCUGCUAUGUGAAGCCAUAAAUCAGUGUCAGUGCUGAUAGAAAAUAUUAAGACACUUAAACCCGUUUAUACCAAAGCUUACAUGUUUUAAACCUGUGCCUUGAUUUUAUGUCUUAUGGUGCACAAUUUUAGGUUUUGUGCUGCAGCUGCAAACAGAACGUUGGUUUUAUGAGAUAGGAAGUGUUUGUGGAUGUUUCUAAGAUUAAUAGUGUUAACAGUGAAGCUGGCCUUUAAUUUUCUCGUGUUAUUUUCAGGGUAAAACACAGAGGUCCCAAACCGACAGUUAUUAGAAUUUAGAAUCAUGAACCAGCUGUUAAUGUUUGCAUUUUUAAUAACAUGGACUGUAAAUAUGUUACAUGAACUGUAUAAAGCAUGGACGUAGUGACAGUGUUGUCACCAUUUGGUUUUUAUAGUUACAUUUUGAAGCCCAACUAUUGCAGCCUCCAUUUGAGAAAUGCUAUCUUAACUGACUUUAAAUAGGCAAAGAGGUGGAUCUGAAACAAACCUAAACCUGUGAUAUCCACAUACUCUGUGUCCACAGUGUUUCUCAUGCACCAGUUUUGCUCUGUAUGACCUUGCUAACUGUUUCUAAAGUGCAGACUAGCAGAGCACUACCUUAACAGCGAGACACAAGAUUAGAUUAGAAGAUUUGCAGUUGAUUUCACUAUUAUUUGGUGCCUUUUUUGCUCCUACCAUGAGUGAGUAUAUUGGGGAUUCUCAUUUAUGGCAUUGCCUUACUUCUGUGACCCUCUGACUGACCAGUGGUCUGUGGCUUGUAUUGAUGCUGAGAUAGUGAUGAGCACAGUGGGGAUUCUGUGCUUUGUGUUGAAUUUGAAAUCAGUCUAAUACUUCUUGCAUUCUCAUUUCUGUUUUAGAUGUGUGCAUGCAUGCAGUAGGGAGCCAUAAUUGUUGCAAAACUGUUUGCAAAUGCAUGCAAAAAUCUGCAGCUGCGUUUACAGAUCUGCAAAUACGUGCACAGAUCUGCAGAUGUGUUUACAGAUCUGCAAAUACGUGCACAGAUCUGCAAAUGUGUGCAAAGAUUUGAACAUCUGUUAAAUGAUUUGCAAAUUUGUACUAAGAUCUAAAAAUGUGUGCACAGAUCUGUAUGUAUAGACCAAUUUUUACUUUUUAAUUGUGGGCUUGGUUUAUUUUUGUUCAGAAAACUCACUCUAUUUUGCUUUAAGUUGUCAAAAUACUCACAAAGUUUCAGUUACAACUGAAGUCUGCCUCUUAUUUGGCUGUCAUACACAGGUGAUUUUUGCAGCACCUCUGCCACGCAUGAUCUGCAAAUGUGUAGUCAGAUCUGUAAGUUUAAGCACUGAGUUUUGUUGCCUUCGUCGCAUUUGCAAAUUUAUCUACCCAUUUGCAAGUUUGUGUACAGAUCUUUGUGUGCAUUUGCAAACAGUUUUGCAGUAAUAAUAGCUCUAUAGUGAUCUGCUCUCUGUGAUCGACACAUUUUAGUGGCCUGGGCUCAAAUCAACUUAGAGUUUAUCUCCAUCGUGACGCGUGCUGUGGAAAUGCAAAGAUUGACUAGAAAAGAUCUGCAGUGCGUUCGGGAUGUUGUGCAGAUAGAGUAUGUGGAAUCUGAUGGUGAACCUCUGUCCAACCUCUCCUGGUUUUGCCUUAAUAUAAUCAAAGCAAACAAGCAAUAAAAAGUCCAUUCUUGAUAGUUUUAAUGAAGAAAAAAAAUGGUUUAGACCAGUUUUGUUUCCUUUUUGAAUAUGCAUGUAAACAUGUUCUUUAGCUGCUGUCCAUAUGAAUAUUUUAUGAUGAGGAAUGGUGGGGAUUCAUUGAUUUUUAGAGCUAACCCCAGGUGGAAACUUGAAACUGCUGUUUCUUGGGCUUUGCAUUGAUUUUCAGGUUUUCAGGUUGAAACUUGAUAGAGAACAGAAAUUGAUUGCCAAAAGAUAAAAGCUUAAUUUCCCUGAUGAUCUAAGAUUAGUUUCGUUGAGUGAUUUCAGCCACAGUCUUGUUUUGCCCAGUAAAAUUGUGCAGCAUCUUGCCUUAAGACAUGACAGUGAGCUGUUAAAGAAAUGUUGUCAUGUCUAGAGUGAGAAACACUUCGUUUAAAGCCCUUCUCUUUUUGUAGCCUCAUCUCCACAGUAUCAGCCUAUAGACUAAACCAAAAACAAGUGAAACACCGGCCAAGCAGCAGAUGACUUUUUAAAUAUUUUUUAUUUGUAUUUUUUGUAAAUUUGCUGUUGAAAUUUUGCUGUUGUCUUGCCUUGGCUAGAAAAAGCAAUGCUGUUUAAAUGCCAGACAUAACUGAAGUUAUCUUCUCAUUUAGCCCAGAUGUUCUCUUGUUGCACUUGUGCAAUCAUUUUUCAAAUGCAGGACUUAAUGUAUGAUUGAUAUAGCUCUGUAACAUGCAGCAUGUUUAUGCAAUGAUGUGUAUGCCAAACCUAAAGCUGAAGGUACAAAUUUGUAACUACAGAGAGGCCAUGUGUCCAACAGCAUUCCACUGAUAUUCAGUCCUAUAGGGUUGUCACAAUAACAGGGUUUUAAACCUUAAUAUGAUGCUGGUAAAAAUCAAACUAUACUGAUUCUUGCUUCAAUAUUAAGGCGUCAAAAAUAGAAGUCCUAGAUACCUAAUAUUAUCAUUUUAAAUGCUGACAAAUUCCUACACUCCCUCAGUUGCAGUAAAACUGGCAUUUUUGUGCAAAUUAGACAGAAUGAAGGAGCUUGUCUGCAAUUUUUUGUAGGAAUUCCUUUUCACCCUUCCUAUGAACUAUUGAAAAAAGUAUUUGACCACCUGACCAUUGCACCUACAGGGACUGUAAUAAUAUUGUAUUAGAAUAAAUGUAGUUUCAUAUGAAGCAUCCCCCUCUUUUGCAGCUAUAACAGCAUCUGCUCUUCUUGGAAUGCUUUCCACAAGACUUUUGAGUGUUUCUGUGGGAAUUUGCACCCAUUCAUUCUGUUGAGCAUUUGUGAGGUCAGGCACUGAUGUUGGACCAGAAGGCCUGGCUCACUAUCUCCGUUCCAGCUCAUCCAAAAGGUGCUCGAUGUUAAAGGUCAGGGUUCUUUCACACCAAACUCAUCAAACCAUGUCUUUAUAGUCCUUCUUUGUGCUCUGGGGCACAGUCAUGCUGGAAUAGGAAAGGGCCUUCCACAAACUGUUCCCUCAAAGUUGGAAGCAUAGCAUUGUCCAAAAUGUCUUGGUAUGCUGAAGCAUUAAGAUUGGCCUUCACUGGAUCACACCGUUGGACUUGGCAGUGGAUGCUCAGAACUCUUCAGCUAUAUAAUCAGAGCGCUGGCGACUCCUUAGCAGCCGUUGACCCCGCUCUGUUUUUACGUGGUCUUGUGCUUCGCGGCUGAGUCGCUGUUGUUCCUAAACUCUUCCACUUUCUAAUAAUAUCACUCACCGUUGACUGGAAUCUUCAGCAGCGAUAAAAUUUCACAAACUGUCUUAUUGCAUCACAGUACCACGUUUAAAGUUACUGAGCUCUUCAGAACGAACCAUUUAGGAUCACAGAUGUUUGAGAAUGGAGACUGCAUGGCUAGGUGAUGAUUUAAACACCUGUGACACAGGUCUGAUUGAAACACCUGAAUUCAGCAAUAAUAAAAGGUAUGGCCAAAUGCUUUUUUUGUCAUACAGUGUAGAUGUAAUUCUGUUUUCUGAAGUUUUCAGACUGUUGGUCAUUGACAUUUAUACAGUGACUGUGUUUGCCCGCUGGUGACAGAUCCGCUAUGUAAGCAAUGGAUGACCCAUUUAGUCAGUGCAUCGUCUAUGUUUGCUUUCGGCCAUUAAAAUAACAGAGAUUAUAUUGUUUACUCCUUUUUAUUUCUGUUUGCAUCUAGAAUAAUGAGCACAUGCCUUUUCAGUCUCGUGAUUCUUACUUUGUGACUGAGGCCAAAGUCUGCGAUUGUAUUUGCACUACUGAAUGAACUGCUUUGUCUUUUUUCAUACUUUGAAUAUUUGAAUUUAAAUGUUUUAUUACUGACUUUUUGGUAGCCAUAAUUCACCUGUUACUGGACUGAACUGUACAAAUAAAACACCUGAAUGUAAACUUAAAAAUGCUGAUUGGUUUGACCAAGAAUAAACCUGCUGUCUUAA